GAUAUUAUCAAUAUAUACCGCUUGACUCGUCCACUACUCGUCUAUUACUCGUGACCAUCUCGCUCUAUGCCCACAACCAUCUCGUGACCUUACAUUCUGAUCCUUCCUUAAGGGCUAGACCGUUAUGGCACAAACCGGCUCCCGCACGAAUACCCCAGGGUCCCAUUUAGAUGGAGAACCCGCGGUACACGCAAAUCCUCCCCUCCCGACAAUUGAAGAUGUCGGCGAGGAUGAUAAUGCGGAGCAGGAAGACGAAGCGACUCCUAGCGAGCGCAUAAGUGAGUCACUGGGUGAUCCUCAGCAGGACAACCCGAUAGCACCACGAGUCAAUAAGACUCCUAUCACUGCCGAAGACCACGUUCUUUAUCCCGCAGAAGCCUUAAACGGCGAACUAUUUAAGCAGCUGAUGGAGAGUAACAGACAGCUAUCCGCCGCUAUGCAGGCUCUGACCGCCCGAGGGUCCGGCGGUGAUUCGCAGGGUACUCACCUGUCGAGCUUCAACGCCAGAAUGCCGUCGGCCCAGGCGAAGGAAUACCAUGGGAAGUCCAUCAUAGAACACUUCUCAUGGACCCUCGACUGCGAAAACUACUUCGCUAUGAACCGAGCGUUCUUCGAGUCGUAGGAGAAUUGUAUCCGGUGGGCUGCACGAGGCCUGACUGGCAACCCAGAGUCCCUCUGGCAAAUAAAACAA